AUGGGUGGAUAACUCUCUUAAGAUAGCUUCAACGAUCCCUCGGAUAAUUAAUAGGACAUAAUAAUUUAACAAGGUGAAAUCAAUGAACCAGAUAUUAUUGUAGAAUAGUUCACUUUAAAUCAUAAAAAGGAAUAAAUUAAAGUUCCGAAAACCAAUAGCUAAAUUAAAGUAGGUAAAUAAACAACUAGUUAAAUUAAUUAAAGCAAGAUAUCUUUGAUUAAAGACUUAAAGUAAGAAGUCUAAUAGCCAGUUAAAUAGGAGGUAUAAUAACUAAAAGAAUCUUUAAUUGGAUCCUAAAUUAGAAAAACUGAAUAAUAAAAUUAAUAGAAUAAUUUAUCAAACAAUUAAUCUAGAAUAUUUUUAAAAAGCAAUCCAAAAAAAAUAUCUGAUACGAAUUUCUAAAUUUAAAACCAUUUUCCAGAAUGGAUGAAUAAGAUGAUUGAGUAAUAUGGUAAUUAUCAAUGUCCUGAAAAAAUUAAUUAUGAAAAUAGUACAGAAGUCAUUCUUCAAUAUGAAGAUGGAAGUUACUAUAAAGGAUAGGUCUAAGGUUAUGAUAGACAUGGUUAUGGAGUUUAUUUGCAAGAAUCAGAACUUUUUGAGGGAUAUUUUGAAAAAAACAUUAGAAAUGGCUGGGGUAGAGAAUUACAAUAAGAUAUCUUAAAAUAAGGAAUUUGGAAAGGCGAUAUAAUUACCAGCAACCUUGAAAUCAGAAAACAGGAUGAAUACUACAAAGGGGAUUGUCAAUAGGGAUUGCCUCAUGGAAAAGGUAAAUUAGAAAAUAAGGAUUAUGUAUAUGAAGGCUAUUUCUAAAAAGGCUUAAAAAAUGGGAGAGGAUAUUUAAAGUAUAAGGAAAAAAAUGAUAUUUAUGAUGGCUAAUUCAAAGAUGAUAAAAUGGACGGGCGUGGGAAGUAUUAUUUCAGUAACAAAGUUGUUUACGAAGGUAAUUUUAAAGAGGGUUAAAUCACAGGAAAAGGAGAAAUGAGAUAUCCUAAUAAUAAGUUUUAUAGAGGUGAUUUUCUAAAUGGAAAAAUGCAUGGAUAAGGAAUUCUGCACAAUAGUUCAGAUGAUCAACAUGAUGGUUCAUUCAAAGAUGGUAAGAAAGAUGGGUAUGGAAAAUCAACACUGAAGGGGAUGAUUAUCACUGGAAAAUGGGAAAAUGAUAUUCUAAUAGAAGAAGAUCCAGAUUAAUAAUGA